AUGGCGGAACAGGCGAUCAACAAGCCUCACGAGUCACUCGAGCAACUGGAACCGAAGGCCGAGAAUGAGAUUGAAGAGGUCGGCAUGCUCCUCGACGAAUUAUCAGCACUCCACGGGAAGGAAGAACUUGAGGAGAUCGCCAAGAAGCUCGUAGAAGGGAAAGUCGUCAGCCUGGAACUACAGCGACACGAGAAUCAUGCGAACAUUGUCGUCGUCCAUGCGACCAUGGUGAAGACGGUCUACCACGUCCGCUUUCUGACCCGCAUUCAGACGAAGUUCGAGGAGGAGCUCGAGGAGCGACUCAAUGUUAUAUUCAAGCACAUGGCGGAUACCAUACGCGAGUUCGGAGGAUUUGUGGACACAUACCAUGCUUGCUGGCAAAAGACCUACAAAGUCUUGUUCUCUCACAUCCACAAGAAGAAGCUAGAACUCUUCAACAACCGUUUCCAGCAGCACCGCGAGGACCUAGACGAAAUGAGGAAGACGAUGACCCAGAUGCAGUUGGCCAACGUGUUCGACAACACGGUGGAGAUCCUCAGGCGGCUCCAGACCGCUGAUCCUGACGUCGCGCAGGCCGAAGCGUUCGUGAAUCAAAAUGGCGGGCCCGAUGCGGUCAGGAUGGUGCGGCACAACCUGUUACGCCUGGACUUCACAGCCGCUGACGUCGCACGUAUGCAGAAUCCUGAGCUAGUCGAGCAAGUGGCAGCUAUUCUGCACGAGAAGGCGACCGUCGGCAUGAAGGACACACUCCACCAAGGUUUCGACGAUCUAUUGGAGAAGCACACGCAUGUUGUCAGAUACCUGAAGAAGCUCGAUAGCGUCCAGGACGCUGUCAUAACCUCUGUGUCCAACGCGCAGAUGGCUAUUCUUGGAUGUCUGAACUCAGGGCCUCAUGACUUGAUUGAGGACGUUGAGACUCGAACGAUCUGGGAACGCAACCGUUGGAAGUCCAGUGUCAAAUGCCGCGUCUUCGUAGAAGGUGGGCCCCCAUGCUAUUUGAGGUGUGCCGACGUUAAGACGAGGCGAUUCUUAGGGCUCCACGAAUACUAUCAAGGACAGUUCCGGGAGUAUCGUGCGACUUCGCGGGUCCCACACAAGGAUGCUUGGACACUCGACUUCUUCUCCCGCGUCAUGUAUCACUCGGCUAUCGGGGAUGUUGUAGACGAUGACGGCAGUGGUUACAUAUCCGCUUCGGAAGUGAACGACUUCAUCUCCGAGAAGAGAAGCCUGGCACGCUGGACGAUACCGCAAUGGUUUGCCUUGUACUACCGCCGCAUCAAGCACCUCGUCCAACAAGUCGAACACUCUGUCCGUUCCGUCGCCGAAGAGCAGAGUCACAGUCACGGCUCGUGGCACCUGAUCCAAACCAUAGUCGGCUCCUUGAAGCCGCUCGUGCUCGUCGCAGAUGUGGAAGACUUCUCCGGGACCGUCAAGAUUCCGCAUCAGCUCCGCCACCUCCAGGAAGAGUAUCGGGCUUAUGAGGAGGAAAAGAUCAUGAAUAACCUCGACCACUUGGGGCAUCAUCUCAUAGACAGACCCGCACUCAACGCCGCUGUCGGGGACAGCCGCAUCGAACUGCACAUGAUGCCGCUGCUGUAUCUCCUCAUGAUGCGCCUGCAGGACACUGUCGGCAGGAUCACCAAACACAAGCUGGUCGAGGACGCGGAUCUGAUUGCCUUAGAGGAGCUGGCCACCUCAUGCAUCGCCGUGUUUGCCGCGUUCGAGGGCCGCAUGCACGAUCUACUCCGGGGCUGGCGUUUCGAAGGGAAGGACAUUCACAUGCAAGUCGAUCGCUACGCGGACGGUCUAUUCAGGAAAUGCUAUCGCGAGACGCAUGUCUACGAGAAAGCGUACGACGUGUUGUGCACAUGCAUCUUCGGCAGCGGGCAUACACUCCCUCGCCACCUUAGACCUUUCGGGACACGCAUGCAUCGGAAGCAGAGCUCGACUGACAACAUGGCUCGCGAUCUGGCGGCCUUGUCAGAUCGUGUAACGGCGCUCGAGAACCGCCUCUCCGCCACAUCAAACGGGCAAAUUGCUGAAGCACAGUCGAGGACACCUUCGCCAUCGACCAUCGCGGAGAAGGGGUUUUCCCGAGACGCACCGGCCAGUUCGGGGAAACAUGCAAAGAGCUUCUUCGGGCGACUCAAGGGGCUGCUUCUUGGCUGCCUCUCACACGAUUGA